AACGAAGAAAAACCUCAUCGUCAUCGUUCGCCGGAGAAAUCUCCACACAGUUUAGCAGUUCCAUCCGUCCAUGGCGGCCUCCUUGCUCUCUCCUCUGACUGCACCAAACCCUAAACCGGUAGCUCCAACUACUGGGCUUCCCAAAUCCUCCUUCCUCUCCAACACCAAUGUUUUCUUCUUCAAGCCCCGUCUGAGUAAGAAUGGAGUUCAGAGAAGCUUCAGUCCCUUUGCUGGGUCGCUUGACCACAUUCCCAAGCAGUUUAGGGAAGAAAACCUCAAAGACGGAAUGAUGGAUAAUUACAAAAAUGUGCCACCCUCUCUAUAUGGUCUUUCUCCCUCACAAAUGAACAUGUUCUUGACUGAAGAUAGUCCUAUCCGUAGGCAGUCAGAAAGUGUUACAGAGGAAAGUAUCUCAUCUGCCUAUAGCUAUUUAAAUAAGGGAGGGAUGUAUAGUUUAUCAGGCAUGGAUGAUAAGAAGUAUUCAAGAUUUGGAAUGAAAGCAAGCAUGUAUCAUGGAGGUGGAGGAUAUGGGAGGCCUCGAACUCCUCCACCUGAUUUGCCUUCUUUGCUCUUAGAUGCUCGGAUAGUCUACCUAGGCAUGCCAAUCGUACCAGCAGUAACUGAGCUAAUUGUUGCUCAGUUAAUGUUUUUGGAUUAUGAUGACCAAACAAAACCAAUAUAUAUAUACAUCAAUUCGUCUGGGACACUGAAUGAAAAGAUGGAGAUUGUUGGAUCUGAAACUGAGGCAUAUGCUAUAGCUGAUUCUAUGUCUUUCUGCAAAUCAAAAGUCCACACACUGAACUUGGGGAUGGCAUUUGGUCAAGCAGCCAUGCUUCUAGGUUUAGGAGCAAAGGGUCAUCGUCUUGUACAGCCACAUUCAUCUACAAAGUUGCAUCUUCCUAGGGUUAUGAGAUCAAGUGGGCCUGUCACCGAUAUGUGGAUAAAGGCAAAAGAGCUGGAUGCAAAUGCUGAUUAUUAUCUUGAGCUAUUAUCAAAAGGAACUGGAAAGACCAAGGAAGAACUUGCUAAUGAUGUUCAGCGGGUCAAAUAUUUCCGACCACAUGAAGCCAUAGAAUAUGGCCUUGCAGACAAGAUAGUUGAACCGAGGGAUACUGCAUUUGUCAAACAGAGCAAGAAGAGAACACUAACUCCAGAAGAGAUAGAGAGAAGAACUGGGUUCGGUGUGCCAGCUGUUCCUUAAAUGAAUUGGUGAUUAAAUAGUAGCAGGAUAGAAUGAAUGCACCAUAAAGGAAAACUUGAGCUACCCUGCUUUCUGUUUAAUGCUUGAUGUCAUGUCAUGGAGCAGCCAGUUAUAUUUUGGUUGGCUGGGCCUUUUAGUUAUGGCCACAGAAGCUUGAAUGUCCCAUACUGUGUGCAGGUGACAGUAAUGUUGUGUAUAUCUGUUGUUUCUUUCUUCCUCUCUCUUCUUUCUUUUUUUUUUUUCCUGAACAAAUGUAAUUUCUGAUAUUUGAGAGUGUUCUUUAAACAUAAAAAUUGUAAGUUAAU